AUGGCAGUGGACAGGCGGCUGCACCUUUGGCUCUGCAUUUGGCUGUGUCUCCGCCUCCGCUGCUGCCUGUGCGAGCAGCAGGAGUUCGACUUUUGCGCGCAGGGCGCCUGCUUCGAGGGCACUGGACCACACCUGGCCUGCACACACUCGCGGACAUUCGACAGCGCAGCGUGUCCUGCGGGCGCACAGCUGCUGCGGAUUGACAACUCGCUGGCGCGCUACAUCGUCAGGGAGCACAAUGUGGCGAGGAAUCAGGUGGCGCGUGGCACGUUCCACAAGCUGCCGGCAGCGCAGCGCAUGCUGACGGUGCACUGGGACGAGCGACUCGCCUGGCUGGCGGAGCUCAGUGUGAUGAAGUGCCUGCUGCAGCGGCACAGCUGCAUUCGCUCGCCAUCCUACCAGUUGCCCGGGCAGAACGAGGCCUACAACAAGUUCCGCGGCGAUCAGGAUCCCCUCAAGAUCCUGCGCUCGCAGCUGAAGGCGUGGCAGGACGAGUACAUCUAUGUGGAUCUGACCACCAUUCUGGGUGGCAAUAAUCUAACCAAGCAGGACGUGGGACACUAUCUGCAGAUGAUCACCGCCUCCGUCGAGGGCAUAGGCUGUGCCAUGGCGCUGUACACAAAGGACAAGUGGACGUACCAUCUGACAAAGUGCGUCUACAGCUGCUACCACGACUGUCUGCCCAUCUAUCCCACGGGACACCUGCCCGGCGAGUUGUGCCGCUUUGGCAUCAAUCAGGCCUACCGGGCUCUGUGCUCCGACAAGGAGCGUCUCAUGUGCGACGAGUCCGACUGCUGUGAUCUCACGGAUCCAAAGAGCGCGCCACUGGAUGAAGCGCACGACAGCCAGAAUAUAGCCGCUCGUUACAGGAACUUUGCCAUGCCAGGCAAGCCCCUGGGCCGAUCCCGAAGGGCUGCCUACAAGGAGGUGUUGCAAAAAAGGACCAAAGCUGGUCUAAAAACACGAAAGAGAACCGCGAAACAUUAGCUUCAAGCUGAAUAC